AGGCGGCUAAUCGUUGGAACGUUACCACUUAAACCAACCAAAACCCCGCCCUAAUUAAGAGUCUGACGUGUGAUCGAGAAGGAAUGACCACCACGGGAUCCUUUUUUGAGAUUCGACUUCGUUCCCUUUUCCUCAUCGAUCUGUUCAAUUGAAUUCUCAAUGAAAUGUUAGUGCCCUCGUCGAACACUGCAUCCACCUUGGCCACCGCUUCAGAUCGAUUGAAGAUAGCAGCCGCAUGUAUUUGGCAGAGACUCCUGAAGAGGACUGAACCAGGCUAGUCGAUGGUACCAAAUCUGUAAUAAAAGCAAGAUUACUUUACCCAUGCCCUGGAUCAAGGCUUCUCAAAUUGAAGGGUCGCCGCCGGUUCCGAUGUUCAUUUCUCGAUCUGCGCAUGAAAAUUUGAACAAAGGUCUCUUUGUGCCUUGUUUUGUGUGCGUGAACAAAGCAAAUCGGACAUCUGUUUCAGCAUUGUUUGUUCUCGCGCCCAUCCUAUUCUGCUGCGAAGGAAGAUUUCCAACUCGGGGGACGGGUUCCGAAACGCAUGAAAGGCCACGAGAAGCUCUAAUGUACGCUUCCGAUUCCGCAGAUCGUCUGGCCUUUGCUCGAAUCAAAAAGACGCCAAUCAUUGAGCAGAUCUGGUCACGACACGAAAUAUCUCGACCUUCAAAGGACAAUCGAUUCUCACAUUGGAACGGAACACCGAGUUCCAUUGGUACCCUUCCAAUUAUAAUAUAUCGCCAAGCUUAUAUCUCCAAAGUAGCUGUUGACGUUCAUACGUCAAGUGCAAUCCUUCAUCAAACCUUCAAUCCUUCUUCAAAUUAUGGGAAGAGCUCCGAAGUCUACUUUCGAAGGAAGUCCCAAAAUUCCACCAGAUAUGAAGUGGAAGAUGGGCAGAAGACUAGUUUUGGUAAGUGCUUCGGUUUUAAAGCAUCGCCAACUCAUCGUACAAGGAUGACAAAAUUCCGCUUAUUACCCGAUUGUCCAGAGACGAAACCAUGCUUCCUGAGUGAAUAGUAACCGUCUGAAGAUUCCUCUCUAUGUGUCGCUGGUUAUAUAAGAGAUAGCUUAAUCUCUUUCAGGUCUUUGAUGUGUUCGCAACCAAGUUCAAUAAAAAGUCUGUGUUACAA